GGUGAGCGGCGGUAGUGUUUGGCCGGGGAAGUGCCACGGUGUCCAAAGGUCAUUAUAUGAAACCUCCAAUCUGGAUCGGGGCGGUAGCAACAGGAAGAAGAAGAUAGAGGAAUUCUCUAGGUCUUCUCGGGAGAAACUGGUCCAGUCGAAGAACAAAAUGUUCUCCAAAUUUACAUCCAUUCUCCAGCACGCUGUGGAAGCGCUUGCCCCUUCGCUGCCCUUGCAGGAGGACUUUGUCUAUCACUGGAAGGCCAUUACACAUUAUUACAUAGAGACUUCUGAUGACAAAGCCCCUGUUACGGACACUAAUAUCCCAUCCCACCUGGAGCAGAUGCUGGACAUCUUGACCCAGGAGGAAGGGGAGAGGGAGUCUGGCGAGACGGGGCCCUGCAUGGAGUACCUCCUUCAUCACAAGAUCCUGGAGACCCUCUACACCUUGGGCAAAGCAGAUUGUCCUCCGGGGAUGAAACAGCAGGUGCUGACUUUCUACACAAAACUGUUGGGGCGCAUUCGUCAGCCUCUCCUGCCCCAUAUCAAUGUCCACAGACCUGUACAGAAACUGAUCCGUCUGUGUGGGGAGGUGCUGGCUGCUCCCACAGAAAAUGAGGAGAUCCAGUUCCUCUGCAUAGUCUGUGCCAAACUGAAGCAGGACCCAUACCUUGUCAACUUCUUCCUAGAGAACAAAGCAAAGAGGUCUGAGGCAAAAACUCCUGGAGAGGCAGAAGGGGUGAAGGAAAACCUGUCAGCACCAGACACAGGCCAGCCCCAGGCAGAGGAACAAGCUGACCCCCCAGAGGAGCCCCAGGUUGCAGCUGCUGGUGCCAGUGCUGGCCCAACCACAAACAACAAUAACAACAGCAACUACAACUUGGUCACCUCCCUGCUCAGCCUCACCAAGAGCCCGGAUGGCAGGAUAGUGGUGAAGGCAUGUGAGGGCUUGAUGCUGCUGGUCAGUUUACCUGAGCCUGCAGCUGCCAGGUGUCUGACCGAAAACACUGAGCUCUGUGAGCUACUGACUGACAGGCUGGUAGCCUUCUAUAAGGCCCUGCCUCAGUCCAUGGACCCCUUGGAUAUUGAGACGGUGGAGUCGGUCAACUGGGGUCUGGAUGUAUAUAACCUGAAGGAGGACGCUGCAGUCUUCACAGGAAAGAGGGCUCUAAUCUCUUUCCUGUCCUGGCUUGAUUACUGUGACCAGCUCAUCAAGGAGGCUCAGAAGUCGGCAGCUGCAGUGAUGGCCAAAGCAGUGAAAGAAAGAUUCUUUGUGUCAGUCAUGGAGCCACAGCUAAUGCAGACGUCUGAGGUGGGCAUCCUGACCUCCACAGCUCUGCUGAACAGGAUCAUCAGACAGGUGACGUCGGAAGCUCUGCUGCAGGAGAUGGUUUACUUCCUGCUGGGAGAAGACGGGGGACCUGAGACGGUAGCCACCAUCGCUCAGACUCCGCUCAGACACAGGCUCAUAGAGCACUGUGACCAUCUGUCAGACGAGAUCAGCAUCAUGACGCUGCGUCUGUUUGAGCAGCUGAUCCAGAAGCCCAACCAGCACAUCCUCCACAAUUUGGUGCUGCGUAGCCUGGAGGAGAGGAACUACCUGGAGAACAAGCCCCAGGAGGAACGGGAACCCAUGGAGAACGGCCAGCCCCAUGAUGCUGUAGACCUUGAGGAGGAUCCGUUGUUUGGUGAUGACCUCUCUCCAGACAGGAGACUCUCAAGUUCUGAUUGGCUGAGCUCCUCUCCACCGCUGAGUCCUGAGCAUAGUAAAUGUGAAGGGAAGACGGAGGUCCACAAGAUUGUCAACAGUUUCCUGUGUUUGGUGCCCGAUGAGGCAAAAUCAUCAUAUCAAGUGGAAGGCACAGGCUAUGACACCUACCUAAGAGACGCACACAGACAGUUCAGGGACUACUGUGGGGUCUGCCAGCGGUGGGACUGGAGGGGGAACCCGAAGCCUUUUGAGAAAUGUAACUUGGACAGCCCUUUCUUCGAGGGCCACUUCCUCAAGGUCCUCUUCGACAGGAUGGGACGCAUCUUAGAUCAGCCCUACGAUGUGAACCUGCAGGUGACCUCCGUGCUGUCUAAGCUGUCUUUGUUACCGCACCCACACAUGCAUGAGUACCUCCUCGACCCCUAUAUCAACCUGGCCCCGGGCUGCAGGUCUCUCUUCUCUGUCAUUGUCAGGGUGGUUGGGGAUCUCAUGUUGAGGAUCCAGCGCAUCCCAGACUUCACACCCAAGCUGCUGCUUGUGAGGAAGAGAUUAUUAGGUCUUGAGCCAGAGGGCAUCAAUAUUGACCACAUGACUCUGCUGGAGGGGGUGAUCGUGCUGGAGGAGUUCUGUAAGGAGCUGGCCGCCAUCGCCUUUGUCAAAUUCCACGCGACGGCCUCCUCCUCGCCCUAACCGGCCUUUGGCUCGCCACGCUGCCUGGAAAAGGCAGGCAGGUCAGGGUAAAACUGUUGGUGGAGGUACAGGCGACACAGGGUUAGCUAACCAUUACCACUAACUGGUCAUCCCUGCAAGACUGUUAUUGCCCACAUGGAGCACAGGUUUCAUCACCCCCCCCCUCUGGCUUCCUGGGCUUCACUAUAGAAGGUGUUUGGUCUCAUUCCUCAGCAGGUCAAAGCACAGACACUGCCCAGCCAGCAGGGGCUUGAGGAGGAGGAGGAUGGAGGAAGCGGAGGAGGAGGAGGAGGAGGAGGAUGGAGGUGCAGAGAAAUGUUCACUGGACUCUAAAAGUGAGGUUAAGCACCCACACAUCCUCUGCAUUUUCUCACACUUUCUUCCCACCAUCGUCUUUCUCACUAGCCAAAAGGAGAUGAUUGCCCCGUGCUCAUGUAUUUCAUAGAGGAAAGCGGUGUGUGUGUGUAUGUGUAUUUAUUUCUGGUUUCAGUCUCACCCAUUUGUAAACAUCAAUGCCUUAGUGUGGAAUCACACCUUUUGAGUUAGAGGAUUGUUUCCUUUUGAAACAUUUUAUCUUGUCUGUUUGAUGACUUAAGAGGCUGUAGAGAACAAUGCCCUCUGCCCUGUUAUCCAAGGUAUUUUGCUAAUAGUUACAUAUAAUUUACAGAAAAUGGAAGAAUUGUGCUGUAGUAUCCAAGAUACUACGCUCAUGUUUUCAAUGCCAAGCUCUCUUAUUUAUAUUUUUUUGCUUUCAGGUUGCCUUUUUAACUCUUUGUAUUAGGAAAAAAAUGGAUUUUAACCAGUCGUGUAAUCUUAAUUAAGUAAGCAGAUGCUCAUCGCUUAAAUAUCUUGCCUGGCCUUUCUUUGAUUUGUGUCAUUGCUUUUGCUCUCCCAGCUCAUCUGUAACUGAGUAUUGAUCACAGUCACCCAAAGACGUCACCUGUCAUCACAUUUAGUUGAAUGUGGAUUUUUGAAAUAGUGAAUUAAGCAAAUUAUGUGAAUUUGCACAUGGACCUCUGUACAUUGCACUUGUUACAGUAUCAGAAUUGAUGCUUGCUUUGUUUUUAAGGAAUGCCACGUUGGCAUUUCUGGAAAAAGACAAGUUUCCUUUUCUUUUUUUUUCUUUUUUUUCCCAAAUCCACAUCACUUUUGGUUGUGAAAUAUUCCUCUCCACGUACAGUAUCGCUUUUGUCGCACAUCAGUGUUUGAUAUGUCCAAGGUGUGGUCUGUGAUGUUGUAUUUUACACCUGUCAUAGUUCUCAAUAACCUCUGUAUUCCGUGUUUGGAGAUGAACAUGGCAGUGAUAUAGAUGAUUAGUCCUCUUGAUCAUGUUAAUUAUUGCGUCUGUCAGGCAACCCGACAUCACGUCAUCAACAUAUUACACAGGAGUUCCUCCACACGCUGUCGUGACUUCCUAUAAAUGAUCACAUUUACCAGCAGUAUUACUUAACAUCGAGAGCUUGGGUGACAAAAUGCUAUGUGUGGUUGAAAUUGGUUUUCUUUUGUGAUAUAAUGUUCAGGUAUCAUGGGAGAGUUUCGGUAAAUUUGAAUCAAAGUCUCACCUAAUGGAGCAGUGAUUCAUUAUCUAAUAUUUCAGUUUGUCUAAAUUAAGAAAUUACUUGAUGUAACUUCUAUCCUUGCAGUAUGCUGUCUGAAUGUUUCCAUGAUUGGUAAGUGUGUUUGGGGGUGAGCUUGAUUAGUGUGUAUUUGUGUGUGUAAUGAGUCAUUGUUGCUAUGGGUGGAUGGAAAAAGCCUCAAUUUUUUUUUUUUUUUUUUUUUUUGUAUCCUACAUUACCCAUUAUCCAAGCACCCAAUCUACAUAUGCAAAUGUUUGCAUGAAAUCAGAUUUGCACAUUGUCUUCAUCCUUGUUCAUAAUGUAUAUAUAUACCAACAUGACAAAGCUUUUUGUUUUUUCAAAAUUUUGUUUCAUGAACCAAAAAAAAUAUUAGGAUGUACCAAGAGUAACAUUUAUAUUUUAAUGGGAUUUUUUUUUCUUAAAUUAUCAAUUGUGCACAUUUUUAAUCGACUGUGUUUCCAACCUUUCUGUACAUGUGUAUAAUGUAUGUGUACAAUAGCAAUAGAGAUACUACCUGGUGUAAAUGCAUGCAUGUACAUUAUUUUUCAUUGGUAGCAGAAAACAAGAAGAAGCAGACCAGCCAUCCGUGAUGAUUUCUUAGCUGUCAGCACUUUGUUCUUCUGACAGGGAGAUACGAUGCCUUACUUCACACUGUGGUCUCCGAGGACUCCUAAAAUCAGUGUUUCUGGGUUAUCUGCUUUGCUUGGGGUUUGGCCGUGACCUUAAGAUGCUUCCAUCUCUUGUUACAUAGAUUUUGUUUGGUUUGUGAAGAUGUACAGGACUUGUAUUUCCUCACUUAGGUGCAGGAUUUGAGCAUAUUUGGAAGUCUGAUGCCAACUGAUUUCUUUUCCUCUAUCAGCUUAGACCAAUCACUGUAUCAUUUGGUAAAUGUUUCUGUGUUUAAUCAUGUUAAACAUUGCUGCUCUACUCUGGUGUGAAAUGGAAUAUGAUUUUCUUUAUACUCUAAUGCCAUGGCCAGUUUGAUUUUUUUUUUCUUUAUGUGAUGUGCAAUGCAUAAUUUAAACAUUAAGGUAAGGUGCAUGCUCAUUCCUCUUGCCUUCCAAUGCUUCGCAUAGUAAUUCUAAGUGAUCACCGCAGUCUUUCAUGCGCUCAGGGGCAUUGGUUCAUUUUAUUCCUCGUCAGCCAUCUCCAUCUUAUGACCGAUAUUAUACAAAUGUAUUAGGCUCCAUUCAGGACACUAUGGCUUUGGUUAACAUUCUCCGUCCCAAUUUAAAAGGAAAAAAAAAAAAUAAAAGACUUUCUUCAGCGA